GAGGAGCGCGGACACCCCACCGCCCCCAUCCGCACGAACACUUGGGUUCCUGGACGCUUGGAAGCCAGCGCGGCUCAGAAUAUUCCAGGACUAUCGGGACGCAUCCAACCGGGCUGCAUCCAACCGGGCUGCAUCCAACCGGGCUCAAGCGGCUGAGCGCCGACUUUUGGGCAGAGGCGCUGCGCCCUCUGGUGGCUCCUGUGGGGAUAGGCAGGGGCUGGGCCAAGACUUCACACACCCCCAGACCCCCAACCUCCGCCACACACCCAUUUUAUAAAUGAGGAAACUGAGGCCUGGAGAGGAACUGGAUUGCAUCAUGAAUUGCAAGCCCUGCCCAGAGCCCAGGCACACAAGAGGAGCUCAAUAAGAGCACUGAAAUCAAACUGCUCGGCAACGGGAGACGCUGAGGGCCAGAGGCGGGCAGCUCUCUCCAAACCCAAACCUCCGCAGUCCUCCAGAACCAUAGAGAGCUGCGCGAGGAACCGCCUCUCUCGAUGCUCUACGCCUUUGGGGAACGUCAGGAGCGGGCUGGAGGGCUAGAGAGGCCGGAAGUGCGACCAGCCUGGGGCUACGCUGGCCGCGCCGGCGGUGGGACGCCUCGAUCUCUCUCUUGUCUUUCCUUCGCGGCCCGGGGGCGAGGAGGCCCCCAGAAGGACCUUGCGAUGGACGAAGAGAGAGUGGAGAAGCCCGUUGGCCCACCCACAAGGAAGAAAUUCCUCAUUCCAGUGGACGAGGAUGAGGUCCCUCCUCCCGGGGCCAAGCCCUUAUUCAAAUCCACACGGAGCCUGCCCACUGUGGAGACCUCCCCCCAGCCGGCUCCUCAGACCUACGCCGAGUACGCCAUCUCAGGACCUCCAGGAGGGCCUGGAGGCACACGCCCCAUAGGGCCGGAACCCCUGGCAGGAGAGACCCCCAACCAGGCCCCCAAACCAGGAGCAAAAUCCAACAGCAUCAUUGUGAGCCCCCGGCAGAGGGGCAACCCCGUGCUGAGGUUUGUGCGCAACGUGCCCUGGGAGUUUGGCGAUGUGCUUCCCGAUUACGUGCUGGGCCAGAGCACCUGUGCCCUCUUCCUCAGCCUCCGUUACCACAGCCUCCACCCAGACUACAUCCAUGGGCGGCUGCAGAGCCUGGGGAAGAGCUUCGCCCUGCGGGUCCUGCUCGUCCAGGUGGAUGUGAAAGACCCUCAGCAGGCCCUCAAGGAACUGGCUAAGAUGUGCAUCCUGGCCGACUGCACCCUGAUCCUCGCCUGGAGCCCUGAGGAGGCCGGGCGGUACCUGGAGACAUACAAGGCUUACGAACAGAAGCCGGCGGACCUCCUGAUGGAAAAGCUGGAGCAGGACUUCGUCUCCCGGGUGACUGAAUGUCUGACCACCGUGAAGUCAGUCAACAAAACGGACAGUCAGACCCUCCUGACUACUUUUGGGUCUCUGGAACAGCUCAUAGCUGCAUCGCGGGAAGAUCUGGCCUUGUGCCCAGGCCUGGGGCCCCAGAAGGCUCGAAGGUUGUUUGAUGUCUUACACGAGCCCUUCUUGAAAGUGCCCCGAUGACCUCUGCUGCCAAGGAGGCCCUUGGUGUAACAAUAAAGCACUUUCCUGGUCCAGGCUCA